UAAAGUAAUUGACGUAUCGCCUCUCAUUGACGAUGUAAGAUAAUUUCCCAAAGAUAUUAUUGAGAUGAUCGAUUUUGGUAGCAAAUGUGAAUGUGAUUCACGCACUGGCGUCUGCAGGCAAAUGUCAAUCGCCAAACACUUUGCACCCUCUGAUGUUCAUCGGAUCGAAUAAUUUACCCCUUGACUUUACGAUAUGAGGUGUGAAAAGUAAAUGCCGACAAAAGUGAGAUAGCCUUAGCCAUGGCUCAGUCAUCCUCAGCCAGUGGAACGUCUUCUAGGAGACAUUUGAGGGAACAUGAUGCCAGCUCACCAGGUUCACCUCGGUAUGCAGACAGUGAAUGGGAGUCCAAAGAGGCAAUAUUGCACAGGGAACUGGAUGAGGCCAAAGCAAGGGCAGCACAGAUGGAAAAGACUAUGAGAUGGUGGUCAGACUGUACUGCUAAUUGGAGAGAAAAGUGGUGCGAAGUUCGAGAUGAAAGAAACAAGGCCAAGAAGGAGGCUAAAAUUCUGAAAUCUAAAUUGGAAGCUGCCAUGAAAGACUUAAACGCUUACAAACAGGAGUCUCGGGAAUUAGAAACACAAAAUACUCAGCUUAAGAAAGAAAUGGAAAAGGUUCACAUGAUACUGCUGAAGCAUGCAGGACAGUUUGAUCAGCAGUUGAUUUCAGUUCUGGAUUCUGACCCACAGCUGAAAAGUGCUUUAGGAGUGGAUGAACUGUUAGAUGUAUACAACAAUAUUGAACAGACAGGGAACAUCACUCCCUCAUCAUCAAAAAAAGAGUUUAGUACUUGUAAAAGUCCUCCUACUGCCAAGGACAGUAUAGAUGGACGUAGUUCUCUAGAUAAAGAUAUAGAAGAGUACAUUUUACAAGGAGCAGUACCAAAGCACACUGUAGAGCACAAAGAUACCUCACCCACGCCUCAAGAAAAACGACAUUCCCGAAUAGACAGUGCAAAUGAGGAAGCUCUGAUGCAAAAAAUGUCUAUGCUUAAUUUAAGACUAGAAGAGGCAACAAAGACAAUAAGUGCCGAAAGAGAGGAAAAAUCUUCGUUACAUCGUGGUAUGGAGAAACUGAGAAUGGAAAUACUCACGUUGAGAGAAAGGUGUGAGGAGUUGCAAGACAGCCGCACCGAGGCAAUGAAAGAGUUGCUGGAAUUAAAAGGACGUUUUCAAGGGGAAUUAAGUGCAGCACAAGCUGAUCUCAUUGACGAAGCUACUAAUCGCGAGGGGAUGGAUAGACGAUUAUCGGAACUUAGAGCGGAGCUAGAAAAGUUGCAAGCGGAGAACGCAGCUGAAUGGGGCAAGCGCGAACGCUUGGAAACGGAAAAAAUUUCGCUUGAGCGUGAGAAUAAACAAUUGCGCAGUGAACUACGUGAUUUGCAAGACCGAGUAGAGCGAAAAUCACGACCAGUUUCAAGCUGCGAUGCCGAUUCCAAACAACUACAGCAGGAGCUUCUGGACCGCAACAAAGAGCUUGUUGAUCUGAAGCAUUCUCAUGCCAAGUUAAAAAAAAUGUUAGCAGAAAAAACUACCGAGCUAUCUCAUGCUAGUCGCAGAUCUGAACAGUACGAGGCUGAGGUGAAGAGGAUAAGAGCAAGAGUUGAAGAGUUGAAGAAGGAAUUGGCUCUGGCUCAGGAUGAGGUUGAUGCUGCAAAUAACUCAAUCAGAAGACUGCAGAGGGCUAACGAGGAUCUGACGGAGCAAUUAGAAAACACUAGUACUCAACUGGAGCACUAUAGAAACAGUAUUUCUGAGAGUCGAGCACCGGACGUAGUGGCAGAGAUAAUGGAUGAUAAGACUCGCGACGACGACGAUGACGAGGAGGACGAGAUAGCCGACGGUAAGAACUGCUAAGCAAAAAAUUUUAUCAGCGAGCCUUCGAUUCGAUACCAAAGGGAGAGAGUUAACGUAAACUCACUUAUUCUCGGAGACCAUGCAUUAAAAAUUGCCUAGUACCUGCACGUCACAGAAGAUAAAACGAACAAAAAUAUAUAUUUAAAUUAACUUCCGCAGUAUUGGGAGCGUAAGAAAUAAUAAUUAAGGUCAAAUAGAGAAAACUAUAAUAUAAGGAAAGAUGUAUAAACAAGAGUAAUAGCUAUUCUUCACGAUUGAAGCGACAAAUUAACGUUCUACGAGAAAAAUACUACCCUAUUGCCGUAUCUGUAAAUGUGUAUAAAUAUAGUGUUUCCGAAAUGAGAAAGCAAUGAUUACGGUGACUCGUCGUUCUAAGUUUGAGCGAAUCACGAGAUUCUUUGAAUUAGAAUUAUGUAUUGGAUGCUUAUUUUAUGCGAAGUAUAAUGAGCUUCGUGAUAUAAUGAUUAUUAGUUAGUAUCUGUAAUAUUAUAAUUAGUCAGAAAUUUGUAUGACUGUCGUAUUUUAUUCGAUAUAUAUACUUAUUUAAUGUAUAUACAACGUGAUUAUUUAGUUUAUCUUUUUACUUCCGUUGUGUGUGAUAACGUAUUAUUAAUUUUUUUACUCAGUAACACUUUUUUGUUACUUUUUUAUGCUAAAAAAUUUUAUUCGCAGAUAAAUAUUAGCACAUAAAAUAAAAAACGUGAUUCACUUAAGUAACUAUAAGUAUAACACACACACACUUUAAUCAUAAAUAAAGUGAUAUUAAUAUGUUACCGUGUUCUAAUGGCUCGAUCAAAGUAUUUUAAUUAAAGAACGUUGAAGUUAACGUUACUCAAUUUUAACUGGUUCUAUUUGAAUGUAGUAACAGAAUCAUUUUUCUACUCUAUUAUGCCGAUCGCUGUAACUACUCGCUGAUUUUUUUGUUCGCGUUAUGUACAUAAUCAAACGUUCGUUGUACAUACGAGAAACUCCUCUUGCGUUUGCGCAAAAUUAAGAAGACUUUUAUACAUAAAUGAUACCUCAGAUUUACCAAAAUGACUGACUCGCGUAUUCAGUGAUGAGAUAAUGAUACAAAUAUAAUUAUAACAUUGGAGGUUCUUUCAAAACUCAGAUCUAACGAAAAAUAAUUAAUGUCGAUGAGGACUUUUAAUGCGAAGGAUAAUGUCGCGCGUGUAUAUGUCAGAUCGUAAGCAAUAAUGUAUGGAGCUGUAUACCUUGAAGUACCUUGAUGAUUAAUGCAGAGAACGCGAAGAGCAGGCAUGAAACAAAGUUUGAUAUUUUGUCGCUUUUAUCGUUGAAAAGAAAAGAUCCUCUAUACGAAUCAAUUUAAAGAAUUAUACGUAUAUACAAUG